CCUGUCUAGCGUUACCAUUUUUUAUUUUACGUCAAAAAUUAAGUUUUAAUUUGAUAACGUUCCCAGAAUGAAAAUUACAUUCGUACGCCGUAAUUGAAGCUUAUCCCGGUUUAAUACGAUUACAUCAUUUGAGGAGAUUGGCUACUGUGAAAGAUCUUCAUUCAGUAUUUAUCUACAAAAUGUUUUGUGCAGAAGGUCUGAUAUGGAACAGCAGAGAAAAGCAAUUUCUAAAAGCUCACGCUGAAUGUCAAUCAAAUCGUAUAACUGCUAUUGGCGAUGACACAUUAAAAAAAUUAAGUUUAGGACAUGAAAUCACCAGUUUUGAGGCCAGUAAACAUAUAUUAUGCUUGGUGGAAAAAGCAGGUUUGCUUGAUUACAAUGGAGAACUAAAUAGAAAAGAAGCUAUGAUGGAUUUAAAUAUCAUAACCAAGUUUAAAAUGGAUGAAAUUGUUAAAGAAUGUAACGUUAGAACUUAUGACGAUUCAGAAGAUGCUACUAUCUUUAAAUUAUUUGUAUGUGUAUGUUUAAAGACGCAUAAUAUCUAUUAGUCUAUAUAUAAUAAAAAUUAUUGUAUUAAUAAUAUUAAA